UUUGGGUGCAUGAGCAAAUUGCAGUGCCAGUUUUGUGGAUCGAAGGUGGCAGAGAAGGUUCUCGCUCGUCUUGUGACCUGCUUCGAUUGAUCGAGCUGAGCUUCUCGAUCCACGCCACCGGUGCUACGCGUUCCGGCUCUCCUCCACGUCCACUCCCGGAAAGUUUUUGCGGCGUUUCGUUUGGUGCUCUGUGGAGGAUCGUCGGAAUUUCGGUGGGGACUGAUCAGUAUAUUGACAGGCGUGUGAGGUCUUCAAAGCUUUGUGCGAGUUCUAUCGAUCGAAUGGGUUUGUAGGUUUGAUUCGGGGAAUUGGGUUCGUGGAGGUUUUGGCAAUUGAGCUAGCUGGUGGUGGUGGAGUAUUUGAAGCUGGGACAGCGGAGGAUUUGGGCUGAAAGGGGUUUGGAAGCACUGUGGAAAAGGGAGUGGAGGAUUGUUCGAACAGGACAGGGAAUUUCUAGGGCCGGUUGUGACGGGACGCAUUAUCGGCGUCUCCGUGAUGUACAAUGAGCUGUGGAAUUGAACUAUGAUUCUCGAUCGCGUACGAAGGAAAGUUAAGUUGGAAUAGAAUUUUGAGUAUGGCGUGGCGGCAGUUGAUGCAAGAGGGUGGUCAUGCCGCAAAGCAGAUGGCGAAAUCGAAUGUGCGGGCAGGACUAGGGAGUUACUUGAGGUUAUCACUUUACCGACUUCGUUCGCACUCUGCCGGUCUUCAAAAUGAAGGUCGUACGUUGUCGGGGGGGCAAAGAAGACGAAUGUCCAGUUACACCAGUAAUUAUGCUAGGAGGUUGGAACAAUCGGAAGCUGGUAGUAAGUUGGAUUCUGAGGUUAAACAAGUCAGUCUCCUAAAGCAAUUGAAUAGAGUAGAUCCGGAAAGUGUCAUUCGAUGGUUUGAGAGUCGUCCCCUUCCCCACCACAGUUCUGCAGCAAUGGCCGAGUACGUAAAGGCUCUGGUGAAGGUUGAUAGACUUGACGACAGUGCUCUACUAAGAACCCUGCAGCGAGGAGCAGCAUUAGCUGGCAAUGGAGUAAGAUCUGAAUCCAAUAUGAACAUGGCAUCAGCUGCAGCGCCUAUCCUAGGAAGUGCAGGAGUAAUGACAAAAGAGGGAUUGCUAGGCACUCCACAAGCUCCUAUUCACAUGGUCACUGCAGAAGGAGGGCUCAAAGUGCAAGCUUGGCGAACACUGCGUACCUUAGCCCUUGGUUUCUUGCUCAUAUCGGGGGUUGGAGCUUUGAUUGAAGAUCGUGGGAUUGGAAAAGGUCUCGGCUUGAAUGAAGAGGUACAGCCAAGCAUGGAGUCAAACACCAAAUUUAGUGAUGUCAAAGGCGUGGAUGAAGCCAAAGCCGAACUUGAAGAAAUUGUUCACUAUUUACGGGAUCCUCAGAGAUUUACAAGGUUGGGUGGCAAGCUGCCGAAGGGAGUGUUAUUGGUUGGACCACCUGGUACAGGGAAGACCAUGUUGGCCAGGGCUAUAGCUGGGGAAGCGGGAGUUCCAUUUUUUUAUUGUAGUGGAAGCGAAUUUGAAGAAAUGUUUGUGGGUGUUGGUGCUCGACGAGUACGGGACUUAUUUGCUGCAGCGAAGAAACGGGCACCGUGCAUCAUUUUCAUGGAUGAGAUAGAUGCUAUUGGAGGAAGCAGAAAUCCUAAAGAUCAGCAAUAUAUGAAGAUGACUUUGAAUCAGCUGCUCGUGGAGCUGGAUGGUUUUAAACAGAAUGAAGGCAUAAUCGUUGUUGCUGCAACCAAUUUUCCAGAAUCGCUUGACAAAGCGCUUGUUCGACCAGGUCGAUUUGAUCGGCAUGUUGUGGUCCCAAACCCCGAUGUCGAAGGACGUCGCCAAAUACUGGAAGCACACAUGAGCAAGGUGCCAAAAUCUGGCGAUGUCGACUUAUCAAUCAUAGCUCGUGGAACUCCUGGAUUUUCUGGCGCUGACUUGGCUAACCUUAUCAAUGUAGCAGCUUUGAAGGCUGCUAUGGACGGGCAGAAAGAUGUAAGCAUGGCAGAUUUGGAGUUUGCCAAAGAUAAGAUCAUGAUGGGUAGUGAACGCAAGUCUGCAGUGAUAUCUGAGGAGUCGAGGCGACUCACUGCUUUUCAUGAAGGGGGCCAUGCACUUGUUGCCAUAUUCACUGAGGGCGCUUUACCGGUUCACAAGGCCACAAUUGUACCGAGGGGUAUGUCUCUUGGUAUGGUCACCCAGCUUCCUGACAAAGAUGAAACUAGCUUCUCACGCAAGCAGAUGCUUGCACGUCUGGAUGUAUGCAUGGGUGGACGCGUUGCAGAGGAACUUGUGUUCGGAGAAGGAGAGGUUACAUCUGGAGCUUCUUCAGACAUUGUUCAAGCUACCAGAUUAGCCCGAGAAAUGGUCACCAAAUAUGGAAUGAGCAAAGCAGUGGGUGUGGUUGCUCAUAAUUAUGAAGAUGAUGGCAAGUCGAUGAGUACGGAAACGAGGCUGCUUGUUGAAAGUGAAGUGCGUGAUCUCCUACAGACUGCAUACGAAAAUGCAAAAAGGAUACUUACUACCCAUCAACGCGAGCUCCAUACUCUGGCAGCUACUCUUUUGGAACGUGAAACCAUGACUGCUGUAGAAAUCAAGGCAUUACUGAUGCAAGUGAAAGAGCAAGUCAACAGAUCUAAUAUUCCACUUCCUAGUCCUCAGCCGAUUAUAUCAACAACUACGGCACAGGCUGCACAAGCUGCCGCAGCUAAUGCGGCAGCUGCGGUGGCAGCCGCUGCCUCAGCAAAAACUAAGUCUGCAGCUCCUGCUGGGACUUGAUCUUAGGUUUUCUCUCACGUUGGUACUUAACUUGGAAGUGAAGUUGCCGCUAACCUGCAUAGUUUAUCAGGUUCUAUUUUAUUCUACGAGGUACAAGAAUCUUCCUGAACUUCAGGUUUGUACAUUUUGAAAUAUUGAUGGAUGAUGACGGUAAUUGGUUCGGUUUGCUUCUCAGCAUAUAGAUACCUUUCCGCACCUGAAAGCCGAACGGCAAUUACUUUACUCCUGCACGUCGCUGCUUAGUUCGCAAUGGGUGUUCACAGAAGAAAUUCGUCACAAGGCAGUCGAGUUAUUCCUGUUAGUUAUGUGCUGAAGAGGAACCUUUUUAGAGGCAUAAUGAUUCUGGAGCCAUGAUUGGCUGUACUAGUGUAUUUCGAUUCAACAUCUGUUUUGUUGCAA